CUCAUAUGAAGUCACUACAGAAAAAAUUAACCACAAUUCCUGAAAUGGAAUCUGAGUUGAAACAAUAUCGCCAAGAAAUUUGUAUGUUAAGAGAAAAUGUUCAGAAUAAACUAAUAUUAGAGGAGCAAGUUCAUGACUUGAAUGUUAAAUUAUCUAGUGCAAAUAACAAACUGAAAGAUAUUGCUAAUAUUCAGGUUGACUUUGCUAGAGCUGACUCUUUGUUAAAAGAAUGGCAGGCUGUAUCGAGAAGUUUCAAUAGAGAGAAUUGUACACCAAAAGAUUUAAAACAAUAUAUAGAAGAGUUACAGAAAAAUGAAUUGGUAUUAACAGCUGAUAAAUUAAAAGUGCAAAGUAAUUUGAAAGCUGUUGAAAUCGAAUUAACAAAUGUUAAGCAAGAUAUGUCAAAAACUACAACACAAAUCACAGAUUUGAAAAAUUCAUUGAAGCAACAUCAAAAUAUUCUUCAUAGAGUUCAAAAAAAAUUACAACAAGUUGCAAAAGAGCGUGACUGUUAUCGUGGCUUAGUUGAUUCAUAUGACCAGGAUUUAACAAUUAUGAAUACAAACAGCAUGAACAACGCAGAAGUUUUAUUAAAAGAACGCAUUGCUGCAAUGGAGAAAAUUGUAGAAGGUUAUAAAGAGCAAGUGGAAUCAUUAGAAAGGAAUUGCAAUCAGCUGUUCCGCAAGCAGCACCCACCAGCAUUUGUUGACCAAUUAGCACGAAUGCAAGAAGAAAAUUCAAAGCUUAUGAAAGAGAACGAUAGAUUAACAAAGAGAUGUGAUGAGUGUGAACAGUUACUAGAAAAAUUCCAUCAAAAUAGAAGUGUUACAAGCACAACAAAUGAAAAGAUCUUACAUUUCACACUAAAUCCUGCAACUAACAGCCAGAAGGAAUAUAAAGAAGAUGUAAAGCAAUUGCAGACAGAGAUUGAAAGAUUAAAAAAGAAGAUAAAGAAUUGGAAGAAGGAGCUACAGAUAUUAAUAUCUUUCUAUUGUCCAGCAAAUCCUUCUUAUGAUAUUGAUAGAAUAACUCCAUAUUUACGUACCUUGGAUGAUCAUGUGAAUACUUAUUUGAGGCAGUAUGGUUCAAUUCCAGCAUUUCUUAGCGCUCUGACCUUAGAUUUAGUAAAAAGGACCACAGUCAUGGAAACAACUAAUACUAUUCAACUGUAA